AACAAUUCAAAGCCAUUAUGAAUAUUUUAUUUCCUCCUUGAUGCCAUUUGACUGUCUUUUGGUGAACUGUCUUUGACUGUCAUUGAGGCAGACUGUCUGGCUUCAAAUCCCAGAUGUCCCAUUUACUAGCUGUGUGACCUUGGGCCAGUUACAUAACCUCACUGUGCUUUAGUAUCCCCCAUCUGCAAAACGGAAAUCAUAUGAUCUACCAUAGGGUAGGAAGAUUCAAGUGAAUGAGUUUAUAAACUUACUAGAAAAGUGCUUGACUAUCAUAGGCAUUAAAUAAACAAGGAAUUCUGAUUCAGCCUCAACUCCCAAAGUCAGCAAAAAUUCUCAUAAAUGAGGACAUCAGCAGAUCACAGCAACAAAGCCUGUGGUCAGGGAGGAUGAUGGUUCCAGGAACUAGGGGUACUGCCUGCCCAUCCCUGCCCUAGGUGGAGGGGUAUAACGAAGUCACUUUUCAUUAGAACUUACUGGAUUUCAUUAAAAGCAACACGCAGCUCAACUAUGGAAGGAGUGGACGAAUCCUUCUCCCUGUCAACCUCAGACCAUUCCCCACCAGCUCCUUGAAAUUCCUGCAAGGUCAGGGCCAUCUCAUGCUCUGACCCCUCCCACCGGCCUUUUGGGUAUUAUAUCCCUACCCAGUUUCCUGUUUUUCUUCCUCAGUAAGAAGAGAUUUAGGGAGUGAGAAUCGUGGGGUGGGAAAUAAGCACUGUGGUCCCCAGAAGUUCUGGAAAUUGAGGGACGGUGGGGGAAACAUGAGUGACUCCAAGGAACCAAGGGCGCAGCCGCUGGGCCUCCUGGGGUGUCUGGGCCACGCACCCCUGGUGCUGCCGCUCCUCUUCUUCACACUCUUCACUGGGCUGCUGGUGGCCAUCCUUGUCCAAGUCUCCAAGAACCCCAGCUCCCAGAGGCUGGAUCAGUCCAAGCAGGACGAGAUCUCCCAGGACCUGUCCCAGCUGAAGGCUGCUGUGGAACGCCUGUGCCGCCCCUGUCCCUGGGAGUGGACAUUCUUCCAAGGAAACUGUUACUUCAUAUCGAACUCCCAGCGGAACUGGCAUGACUCCAUCACCGCCUGCCAGGAGGUGGGGGCCCAGCUCGUCGUAAUCAAAAGUGCUGAGGAGCAGAACUUCCUACAGCUGCAGUCUUCCAGAAGUAACCGCUUCGCCUGGAUGGGACUUUCAGAUCUAAAUCAGGAAGACACGUGGCAAUGGGUGGACGACUCACCUCUGUCAACCAGCUUCAAGCAAUAUUGGAACAGAGGAGAGCCCAACAAUAUCGGGGAGGAAGACUGUGUGGAAUUUAAUGGCAAUGGCUGGAAUGACGACAAAUGCAGUGCUGCCAAAUUCUGGAUCUGCAAAAAGUCUGCAGCCUCCUGCUCCAGAGAUGAAGGGCAGCUUCUCUCCUCAGCCUCUGCAUCCCCGAUUGCCCAUGCGGCAUAGUGGCACUUCGCCACUUUUAAGCCAGGGUUCCUUCUCUCCAUCCUUGGACCUUCACAAAAUCUCUGGGACUGUUCUCUAUCAGAUUCUUUAUUUUUGUUUUGUUUUGUGAGACAGGGUCUCUGUCACCCAGGCUGGAAUGCAGUGGCAUGAUCA